UAGCCAACAGAAGUUGAUGAAUAAAUAAAUUACAUUUUUAUUAAUCUAGUCACAUGUAAAUGCACAGUCCUAGUUGUGGUUCGAAUAUUGCAUAGUCAUUGUGACUGCACUGCGCCUUUAAAUAAUCCCAAAUCUGGCAUUGUGAUCUGUGGGAAGCCUUGGCAAACCCAAAGCGUCAACACAAAACAAACACCUGUCAUAGGUGAAUACAGAUAUUCUGACAGCGAAUGAAAUUGCAAAGUACAGCUUUGUUUUAAAAAUAAAUGUGCAUCUUAAUAAGAUUUUGACUUCCGGUGUAGCCUAUUUGAGCGCUCACAAACAGAGCUGAAGCAAAAUAUUGUGACCACGUAGUAGAUACCGAGGUGUUUAUGAUGAUGAUGAGAAGAGUUUCUAAGGUGGUUUUGAGUGUCGAACAGUCUGAAGGCGUCGGAGCUCGAGUUCGCAGAAGCAUUGGACGGAAAGAGUUGCAGAAUCUCGACCCUUUUUUGAUGCUGGAUGAAUUCUGUAUCGCCAAACCAGCGGGUUUUCCUGAUCAUCCUCAUCGUGGAUUUGAGACGGUAACAUACUUGUUGAGUGGAGUAACAGCCCAUGAAGACUUCUGUGGUCACAGUGGCAGGUUGGAGCCUGGGGACCUUCAGGUAGAACAACGAGACCUUACCAUCUCUCGAAAUGAUGAAACACUCAUUACUUAAAGGACUAGUUCACUU